AUGGACGCACUUCUGCUUAGUACCGCUUCUUUGAGCUACGCCGAUAUACCACUUCCUGAGAUGGUCGAAUCUCCAGCAUCAGACGCAUCAUCAGUCCACGCGCGAGAAGAAGAGCACCCUUGUACAGAAUGUGGCAAGCAAAGAUCGAGAAGAGGAUCGGUAGCGAUGAGCCCAACACAGAAGAACGCAGGCCGUUCAUACUUUCCAUGCACGAAUUCGAGGUGUCGAAAAGGAAGUGUCAGCAUAAGAGAUCGAGACUUUGUGACAUGGGAUGCGCACGGAGAGAAUCCGCGAUGCGACUGUGGUGUACCGAGCCAACAAGGGAGGACAGGUCGAGAAGAUCGUACGCCGGGAUAUGGGUUUUGGGCGUGCGCUGUGGGAGGCUGCAAGUACUACUCGCGGGAUCGGAAAGGCAGGUCGGUCGCAAGAGGCGAGGUGGCGGCGAAGGAUGUACAGCCUUUCAUACCUUGGUUGCUAUAUGCGAAGUGA